CAUGCCUGUUGCUGCUGCGGGUGCCGGAGGAGAGAGGCUGUGCGCUCACACCCACAUUCAACAGGCACUGAAGGAUACUUGCGUUCCGCCGCGUUUUUAUUUGUAGACCUGUUACUGUAUGCGGACCUGAUGGAGACGUUCACUGUGGUGAACCUGGAGAUGUGCGUUUUUUAAGGGAUGACGAUGUGCUUAAGUUGCGCGCCAUGGUGCAUGUCUACGCGAUCCUCUCUCACCAUUCUAGCUUUUACGGCUCGGUGAGUAGAUCCGACUCGUGAAACGACCGACGCACUCACUAUAGUCGGUGGCGGGGGGGGGAAGGAGAAGAGGAGAAGAGAAGAGGAUGGCAGCUCCCCGCAACGCAUCCAACAUAACGGGAAACUACACCAACCAGUUUGUCCAGCCGCCGUGGCGCGUGGCUCUCUGGUCCGUCGCCUACAGUUCCGUGCUGGCGGUGGCUGUGUUUGGAAACCUCAUCGUGAUUUGGAUCAUUCUUGCCCACAAGCGUAUGAGGACGGUGACGAACUACUUUCUCUUAAACUUGGCGUUUUCGGACGCGUCGAUGGCCGCGUUUAACACUUUGAUAAACUUUAUCUACGCGACCCACGGGGAGUGGUACUUCGGGGAAGCGUACUGUAAAUUUCACAACUUCUUUCCGGUCACAUCCGUGUUUGCAAGCAUCUACUCCAUGACUGCGAUAGCUGUUGACAGGUACAUGGCCAUCAUCCAUCCGCUGAAGCCUCGUCUGUCGGCGAAGGCCACCACAGGAGUUAUUGUCUGUAUCUGGAGUCUGGCCGUGGUUCUGGCCUUCCCUCUCUGCUACUUCUCCACCACCCGAACUCUGCCCCGCAGGACCCUCUGCUACGUGGCCUGGCCCCGCAUGGCCGACGACCCCUUCAUGUAUCAUAUCAUAGUCACAGUUCUGGUCUACGUGCUGCCCCUAGUGGUGAUGGGCAUCACUUACACCAUCGUGGGGGUCACUCUGUGGGGAGGGGAGAUCCCAGGAGACUCAUCUGAUAACUAUCAUGGACAGCUCAGGGCCAAACGCAAGGUGGUGAAGAUGAUGAUCAUCGUAGUGGUGACCUUUGCCCUCUGCUGGCUGCCCUAUCACGUCUACUUCAUUGUGACGGGUCUCAACAAGCGUCUGAGCAAGUGGAAGUACAUCCAGCAGGUCUACCUGUCAGUGCUGUGGCUGGCGAUGAGCUCCACCAUGUACAACCCCAUCAUCUACUGCUGCCUUAACAGCAGGUUUCGAGCCGGCUUCAAGCGUGCGUUCCGUUGGUGCCCGUUCAUCAAGGUAUCCAGCUACGACGAGUCGGAGCUACGCUCCACGCGUCUGCAUCCGACACGCCAGAGCAGCAUGUACACGCUGUCACGAAUGGAUACCACCACGGUGUUGGUCUACGACUCCACCGAGGGCGAUGGCGGCACUGGAAGGAAGAAGUCCUUGUCGGCCAGGAAGAGAAGCUACAUCACGGCUCGCCACACGGAGAUCCCUGGAUGCAACGGUGACGGUGUGAAAGCGCCGAAUGGAGAAGCUCCGAGCGCUCAACCCGAGGAGUUCUCUUGAAGCGUAUUUUCAGAGACAUAUGUGUGCAAUAAAUAUACACUGAUGCAUAUUGCACUGUACAUAUGUUUGGUUUAUUUAGACAUGAUUUGAAUCAGCUGAUAUACAAUGGGAUCCACAUUUAUUUUCAAUGAAUGCUUGUUCAUUUUUCCCUACAUAAAAGCAUAAAAGCUUAGAGUAUUAAAGCAGCUGUAGUAAACCUACGCCAAGACAAGUAUAGCAGUUUAAAUAUGUUCCACAGCAGAAGAGCUCUGCUUUAAUAAAAUACAGCAUGCAUCAUAGGGAUUUUCCUAUGACCUAGGGUUGUUGUGUGUUGUAUUGUUUUAUAAAUUAUCAGUGUGUGUCUCUUUCACAAAAGCGGACUGCGAGCAGUAUUUACACGCCGUCACAAGUGGCAGCGUCAUAAUUCAAAAAGGAUUGUCGCUUGCAAAUACAGAUACAUUUGUGAGGCCCUUGGGGCUCUUCCAUCCUCAUGUAAGGGUUUCAAGUAUAGUGUUUGCUUUUAAUUGGUGAAACAACUCGAAAAUCGACAAUAGAGGAAAUUAUCUCGUUGCAAAUUGCAGCUGGGUAAAACGGGCCUCUCCUCCCAGGGUGCUUUGGGAGAGAUUUAUACAGCCUUUCAUUACUGAACUUUAGGGUUUGUUAUCAACCAAGAACAUAGCUGUAGAAUCUUGGCUAAACUGCAAAAUUGCCCAGAAAGAAAAGUGACUGAUAGCAACUGUGGCUGUGGUGUGUAAUGCUUUACAUUUCAUGUUCGGGAGCAGCCUUGACAACAUAUAAGGUGAAGAAUUCUUAAUUUGUACAGUGUGAUGAUCUAAAUGUAAUGGUUCGCCUAUGAGCGAUACGUUAAAGUCUUCUUCCUAUCCAAUAAAUCUCCCUUUGCAUUAAUUAAA